CAGCGUGGCAACCGUACUCGCGAAUCUAUACCAAAGCUUCUAUGAAUCGGCGGUGAGGUGCCUUGAAUAUGCACGCGUGCUGUCCAAGGUGCGGACAACGUGUUCGAGCUUGCUUAUCAGUAUGUCAAAUCCUUGGCCGAAUGGCGGCCAGACAAGCGGGUGCAGCCCACAUUGUGCAGUGCAUGGUCGAUCGCAGCUGCGCCAGCUAGCACUAGCCAUCAAGUUUGCUGACGAUGUGUUCAACAAUUAGAGACGGUGGAAAACAUGAUCGCAUUAGCGUUUGUGAUGGUCCAGCGACGUGCUCGCUCGCGUGUUGAGAGGCGAGCACAAGCUGUGCAGGGCGUCAUCUCGCGCCGGCAGCUCCAGUGGCUGGCCAGCAAGGCCUUCCAGACAGCGUUUCAGCGCCGGCAGACGCAGCAUCGAGUGCUAUUGAAGUGGCUUGGAGCUUCUCUGGCAGCCGUCCGCAUGUCGAGCACGACAGAGAGGGGCAUGCUUGAGGCGGCUAUUCGUCGGUGUCAAGGACAAGGGAUUGUGGACGACUGAUGAACGAUUGAUGACCCAGGACGAGAG